AAUGGCCAAAUUCAUUGACCCAAUGUUGCGCUAUAUCAUGACCCAUCCAUAGACCUAUGGCGGUCCCCUAGAACCCCCCCCCCCACCCCAACCCCAACCCCAACCCCACUUCCUUCUUCCGUGUGUACAAGCACAAGAAGUGCUGGAUGGCGGCCAUUUCAAGGAAUUUUCUUCCUUCAGGUUGCUGAAUUUUAUCUGUCCUGCAGUUUUUUAAUCAAUCGUUGAUUUGGGUUUUUCAUUCCAUCAUUUGAUGUUUCAGAUUUAGGAUAAAGUUUACUUUUCCCUCCCCUUGUUUGUUGGCCGUAUAAACCCUAUCUUGUGAUUUAAUACUUGAUUUUUUCUUUGGGCAAAAUCUAGACUUGACUGCUUUGUCCUUCUGAAAAAGGGUAUCUUGGAAAUUAAGUGGUAACUAACAGUAGGGGACUAAACUGGAAUUUCUGUUAAUCUGAUGAUGGAUGAUGAUAUGGUGAUGGAUCUGGAUUUGAAUCAACAACCUUCGGACCCACCUUCGGGUUCACCUUUAGGAUUAGGGUCUUUGUUGAAUGAUUUAGAAACUGCUCACACUAGGAUUGAGGAGAGAAUUAGGCAUCUUGAAGCUGUCACUGCUAGAGCUUUGCAGCGCCAUAGGUGGCGUCAGGCUCGCACUACCAUUGGUAAUGUGGAUAGUGAGAUGCAAGUUCAGAAUAGCGAGAGUGUUUUGGAUGUGGCAGAAAGGACUGUGGAGAGGGGAUGCAAAAGGGAUAGUUCCCAUUUGGUAGCAAAGGCAUUAGAAAUGGAUUUAGUGGUUAAUAAGGUAGAUGAUGAUGGUGGAAGUUUUUUUGACUGUAAUAUAUGCUUGGAUAUGGCGAAAGAACCUAUCUUGACUUGUUGCGGCCACCUAUAUUGCUGGCCAUGCUUUUAUCAGUUACCUUAUGUUGAUUCAACUACAAAGGAAUGUCCUGUCUGCAAAGGAGAGGUUGCAGAUGGAAAUGUUACUCCAGUUUAUGGUAAUGGAGAUGGGGAAAGCAUCACGGAACUGGAGUCUGGUUUGAAAAUACCGCCAAGGCCAAAGGCACGUCGAGUAGAGAGUGUUAGACAGCAGCGUGUGACUCGAGGUUUGUCUCACAUCCCGGUUGCAGAAGCACUAAGAAGAAUUAGGACUAGUAUUGGAUUGGGGCAUCACGCGCAGCGACAGGAUGCUGGUGGAGUUAAUUUGAAUUUUGUGAGAAGCUCUCAUGUGUUGCAAACUGCUGAUACCUUAAGCAGCCGGAGACUACGUUCCCGUCUUAUCUCGAGGGUGUUGUCAGAAGGCGCUGCUUCUCUUUCAUCAGAGUUAGAUAAUGCACAACGGAUGUUUGAAGACCUUGCAGCAUCACUCACUGAUCGGCUUCUCCAAAGAAGUAAUGGAGAUGCUGUUCAUGGAGCGACAGAUGAGGGUGAUUCUUUCAGAAGAGAUGCUGCUUUCAUACAGUCAGAUAUUUGGACUCUGGAUGCAGUAGCAGGCACAAGUUCCACUACAUCCACUCCCUCCUCUUCUCAAGCAAAUGAAGUCUCUGACACUGUUGUUCAGCUGGAAAACCUUACAACUGAUACUCGCAAUCUGCCUGUGGGUCGAUCUUCCUUGGCUUCCAGGAGAAGAAGCAUUUUGUCGAGGCUUUCUGAUGUAGAUAGCGCACUUUUCCGCGAACCUAGAAGGAGAAGAUUGAAUUGAUGGCCUUUGAAUGAAUAAGGUACUCAUGCCCUGCUAUAUCAGAGAUAUACUUCAAUUUCAAUGGCUUAAGAAUGUCAAUUUAGUUCUUCGGAAUGAGCGAGCCAUGCCAAAAACAUUGACUUCCUACUUUAUGAUGCCAUUUAAGUCCAUUUUUUGUAGUAGUCAAUUGAGCUGCAGUGACAACAGGUGAUAAAAUUCCAUUCCUUGUGCCUGCCUCUUUUUAGUUUUUACCAACUAAUGUCUGGUCUCAUACAGUUAUUUCUUUUAAGUUUCUUAUAUCUUGGUUCGUCUCAAUUUAUGAACUUAUCCCUUUGUUGGAGAAGAGUGAGUGGGGAAACAAGUUGAUAGAUGCGCUUAAUAUUUGGCAAAUGCAGUUUGUAUCUUGGCUAGAUGGGAAGGACUAGUGGACUUUUUUGCUUGAAAAUUUCUUUCUGGUCUUGUUGGUGACAAUUUGAGAGAUACUAGUCCAAAGACGAAUCUAUGAUCUUAAGGUUCAAACUAAGCUUGAUAAACUCGUAUCUAUAUUUUUGUUUUA